CGUGUACCCCGUGAUAAUCAAUGUAGUUGUCUCUCUUUGUUCUGCACCAAGAAGUAACACUUUACUGGAGCGGUAGACGAUCAAGAGCAUAAGGAUAGGGUCUCACACAAAAAGUUGAUCAAGAUCAUUAAAAUGGACAAACAGGCUGAUUCUAAAUGUAAACCAUGUAGCAUCAGAGGUUCUAAAAAAGAUGCGUCUGUUUGGUGUACAGUAUGUAAAGAAGGUCUUUGUUCGACUUGCCAAAAGUACCACAGCUCCUUUAAACCACUAAGAUUACAUGGUAUAGUUCCUUUUGACAAACGCGAACAAGUUCCACAAAUCUUUAAACAUGUGAUGGAGUCAUGUUCAUAUCACGAGCGGAGUUUUGAGCUUUACUGCCCUGAACACCAAGAGCCAUGUUGUAUAAGAUGUACCACUAAUAACCACAAAGGUUGCAAAGGUCUAUGUCCAAUUGAUGAUGUCAUUGAAAAUGUGAAGUCUUCUGUAGCGAUUAACCGCAUUGAUGAGGGGUUUAGUGGGUUGAUUUUAAAAAUCGAGCAAAUAAUGGAAAAUAAAGAGCAAUCGAAGCGUGACAUUGCAGACCAGAUUAAGAAGAUUAAAAAGGAAAUUAUCAAUACGAAGAAGAAAGUAGAAGAAAAGAUUGAUGGUUUGAUAAAACAGCAGUUUGAUAACAUAGAGAGGAUGACUAAAGAAUAUGACAGAACGACUAGCGAAGGAAUACAAAAAUUAAAGGCGAAACUUGAAGAUGUCCAAGACAUAAAAACGAAUAUUCAGCAAUCAACAGAACAAGGAAAUAACCUCCAAGUAUUUUUGAGUCUGUCCGAAUUUGAGAGUAUUCUAUCAAAGCAAGAAACUUUUCUAUCUGAAAGUAUCGAAAAAGGCGAAUUUGAUAAUGCAGAUUUAAUUUUCAGCGAGACCGAGGAAUUUAAAAGUUUAAUGUCAUUCGGAGAAAUCUGUCACAUUGAAUUAAAGAAACAACCGUUAGAGGUCAAGCUUAGAAGUUCAGGACAAAUUGCCAAGGUCCAAAUAAAACCUACCAAAAAAGCUACCAGACACAUUGACACCAUCAAAAUUAUAAAAAGUAAAGAAGCGUCUUUUCGUUCUCCUUGUUUACUAACUGGCUGUGUUAUUUUACAGAAUGACUCAAUAUUAUUUGCAAACAAUGAUAUAAAAUCGCAUAGGCUGUUCUUGUAUGAUUGCAACUGUCGCUUUCUUCGUGAUAUUGAAACUGCAUCAAGACCUUUUGAUAUCGCCAUUAUUGAUGAAUCCGUUGUUGCUGUAACCAUGCCUGAAGCGAAAAAAGUUUCCUUUAUUGAUUUCAGUAAGGACCAAGAACAAACUGUCAAAGAACUAGACGUGAUUGGGGAAUGUUACGGAAUCGAUCACUCAAACAACAAAUUAGCAGUUGCCGUUAAAGGAUAUGGUGUUCAAAUCUUUGAUGCAACUGGGACCCAAAUCAAAACAAUACCAGUCGCCAGCCAGUAUAUAGUGUUCGAUGGGUCAUUUUUAUAUCAUGCAGACUCUGAUUCCAAUGUUUUAAAAUGUUGUGAUUAUGAAGGAAAACAUGUAUGGGAGAUAACAAUACCGGGAGAUCAGUCUACGCUAAGUAUGGCUUUAGACAUUCAUAAAAACAUCUAUGUUGUAGCUAGAACAAGUUACAAACUUUAUAUUGUGUCAAGUGAUGGAAGUAAACACAGGCAGCUGUUGCAAAAGUCGGAUGGACUUUAUUAUCCGCAAGGUGUUUUCUAUGAUAAAAGAAAACAACAGUUAGUGUUAUGCGCAAAUCCGUACAGUUCGAGUAUAAUAUAUAGUAUUGAUUGAAAUGCCCGGCUCAAAUUUAUUUAUAUUUCAAUAUUGUAUGAAUAAUUAUUCAUAGCAUUAAAAAGAAACGAAAACAUGCUAAACAUUGUCCUGAAAGGUUAACAACUCUUUCGAGGAAUCUAUGCAUCAUUUUAGUCAAAUUGGCAUAUCCUUAGACAUUUAUUUAAUCAACAUAAAUAAAUUCUCGCAGUUGUUUCUUUUUCAUUGUUUUUCAGGUAAUGGAUUAAAAAUAAAAACAACAUAUAAUUGA